AACCCGCCUUGCGCAUCAACAUCUUAACAAUCAUAGUUCCCCGUCCAGCCGACCGAUUGUCCAAGUAGCCGACCCACGUAGCCGACCAAGCAAGUAUGAAAGCUUUUUUAGAUAUUGACAUUGGUGAUGCAGCACGUUAUGCUACUGAGCUAGCUGCAUACCAACGAGCGGCGGACUGGCUUAAAGCAGUGGGAGGCCAGUAUGGUCUGAGCGGACGGCCAGAGGACCUGGAUGAGGAACAGUCAAGCAUGCUGUUGGAGGCUUACGCGGGCGACCCCAGCUGGGCGAGCAAGGGCGACGCGAGCACGCGCCGGCCAGCCGACAUCCGGGCGGGGCGGGUGGUGGUAGAGCUGUACGACAAGGAGGUGCCCAAGACAGUGGACAACUUCAAAUGCCUGCUCACCGGCGAGAAGGGGCUGGGCAAGUCGUCCAAGAAGCCGCUACACUACAAGGGCAACAAGUUCCACCGGGUGGUGAAGGGCUUCUGCUGCCAGGGCGGUGACAUCGUGCGAGGGGACGGCUCGGGAGGUGACAGCAUCUACGGCGGGCAAUUCAAUGACGAGAAGCCGGGCCUCAAGUUCAAGCACGACGCACCGGGCGUGCUGUCAAUGGCCAACAGCGGCAAGAACACCAACACCAGCCAGUUCUUCUUCACGUUGGCUCCGGCGCCGCAGUGCGAUGGCAAGCAUGUGGUGUUUGGCAAGGUUGUGGAGGGGCUGGAGGUGCUGGCACGGAUAGACGCGGAGGUGGCGAGCGCCGACGGCACCCCCCGGCUAGACGUGACCGUCGCGGACUGCGGCGUCUGCUGAGCGCGGCGCUGGGCUGCCGUUACAUGUGCGACGUGUGCCGGUACAUGUGCGACGUGUGGACAUGAUUGCGUUAGCGUCUGGAUCCCUGAAUUGGGGGUACGGGAGUGCGUCCACGUCACACAUGGCUAUGGCGAUGCGGGAUGAGGCCAAGCUGAGUGACUCCUACUGAUGUUUACUGCUUGACUGCACGACUGAGCCCAACGCCUCUGCCCACGACCAUCCCUCUAGUCUUGUUCUAGCCGUACGUUGUUGACGAAGAUCGGAAGCUGGGGUUGAAUUGUGUAAUGGGUAAGUGGUGUGGCCCGGGGGAGGUGUGGGCGUGUGGCCAGCGCUAGGUGUGCACAGACUUAGGAGUGGUGGCGCGACCUGCGCACACGCACAGCAUCCGUCACACUCAGCCCGCACUUGCUGCCCCGCCCAGUAACCCGCAGCACCCGGAGAACCUGGGACUCGGUAUCCCGGAAGCAGGCGUGUAUGUAGGCUGUGAGCAUGCGCGCAGCAAGCAACAGCUGAGGACCGUGGUGCAGGCCGUGCAGCCAGCCCUAUAGCUGGCCGACCCGGCGGUUGCGGUUUCGUGGGUUGAGUCAGGUUGGGUGGGCGCCCGCAUUGUUAUGAUCGGUUAGCUCUCGCGUGUCUUGCGCAACACAGACUGGCAUGUAGCCUGCGAACACCGUCAAGUUCCUAGGAGCCAGCGUUGCAGCGCCAGCCGUGCCAAAUGCCGAGCUGGCCGCAGCGGUUCCGCGCAGGGUUCCAGGCCCAGUCCCGAACUAGCCACCACUGGCUCCCAGUCUGCUGAUGAAAAGGAUGCAGGUUCGGGCGGUGAACAACUCGUUAGGUGCGGGGCGGUUGGUAAAAGCGCGAACAACC